CUCAGCUCCUCUGCUCGCACGGACGAAGACGUUCGCUCUCCGUAAAGUUCUUCACCUGUGUGGUGUCGUGCGCACUCGGACUAUUUAUAUUAUUCGUCUCAACAUGAUCACGUGUUGGAAACCGACGACCACGGCUGCUUCCACGAUGCUACUUUUCAGCAUGCUCGUGGUGCUGUGUCCCGCCUACGUGCUCGUCCACCGCGCUGGCGUUGUGCCCCAGACUCAGGUGGUGUACCAGUCGCCGUAUCAACCCCCUGUGGUGCCCGUGGCGGGUCCGGGAGAGCCACACGUCAUCUAUCACUACGGGCUCGGAGGCGUGAGGCCCGAACUGCAGCCUCCCGUAGUGUUCGUGCGAGUGAUUCCCGCGUAUCCGCCCCCGAACCAGCCUCCCUUGCAGCCUCCGUUCAUCGAGGAAGUGCCACCCGUAUUCAAGAACCCACCUCCAGACCCCGAAGACACCCCGCCUACCAAGAAGCCCGGCAUCCAGGGACGCGGAGGUCGCCGCCCGGACUGUCCCGAGGUGGACAACAAGAAAGGAAUUGCACCACCGCCCACCCGUAAGCCCUCGAAGAGGGGCCGCGGCACUCAGACGAGGAAGUCCCGGAGGCCGCCGGCGGAGGCGACCACCCGAAGACCACCGAGCAAGGCCAACCGCCGCGUCAACCCCAAGAGCGAACGCCUGAGUACCGAGAGGCUAACCCUCGCCAAGAAUCCCUAAUGCUCUACCGAGCCGUCUGAGAGCCGUCUGCGACGCCCUGUGCAAUUUUCGCCGCCGGCGGAUUCCGCCAUGUUGCCUAUUCUGAUUGGCUCUAAGCUCAGGGUCACGUGCUCCCUGAUCGUUUCCAAAACAGCAACGUGGUGGUGUUCCGCCGUCGGUGAAAGGCUCGUAACGAGGCACAGCGAAUGUUUCGCAGACGGCCGGAAGAGUCAUUGUCUCACUGCUGCGAUGCUUUCUUCUGUGAGUCUGCGGAACUGUGAAGUCUGCUCGAAAUUGGCUGGAAGCGUUUUGUUUCCCUCAGCGUGGACGUUUGCUGACGCAGUUUUUUUUUUUUUGUCCUGGCACGCGAACUAGCAACAUGACCUUGGAUCCCCUCUGCUCGAGAAUUCCCUAUGGCACAGUGUAGUGUAGAAGAGCUAACGAUAGCUGCAGCGACUUUAACUAUCACAAUAUCUUACAAUAAAAGAACUAACAUCUGGGCUAGUUAGCAGUUCAGUACGGUGGGAAAUACUGAGACAGCUCGUGCUCCAUGAACACAGGAAUGAAAGAGCAUUCCAGACGGUUACCUUCUAGAAUUGAGCUAUAUAAUCAGCACACCUGCUAAAGAAAGGGUAUUAGGACUCGUAUGUUCAGCAGCUUGAUUUGGAAAGUACCAUACAUGUUAAAAGGAGACGUGUUGUCUACAUGGCCUCUUGACUCCGAGGCAGGUUUCGCUUUACAAAGAACGGAUAACUGUGACGUCACAUGCGUCAUCGCUUGUUUGCAAACGCUUCCGCGCUGAACAACCGGGCCAAUGUAACGCAUAGGACAGCUACAGCGGCGCAUAUUAUUGCACAGAUUUGCACGCGCAUAUUCAGGAAGCAGCGCCACUUUCGAGAGGACUGACUGUAAACCCAGACAGCGAAGACUGCAUGCGUGAACUGCUGCAACCCCCUGCGACGCUCGGGGUGUUUUUAGUCAUAUAACAUAAACUUAGUCACGACACUUAUUCCAUCCACCAUCGAUUCCGCGCAUACAAACUUCGACCGGCCGCCGGCGUUUCCGGGUUCUAAGCAAUCGCAAUGCUGACGUUGUCCUGCAAACACUGGGCUUGCAUAAAGCAACACCCGCAGACGCACCGGCAUGUUCGGACUGGAUCGUCAUACUUCAUCAAAAGUAAUUUAUCUACGUGUUUGCAUUCAUUUUAAGUUUAUUUCUCUGUAAAUAAACACACAUGUUUUAUCCAAA